AAGAUUAACGAUGAGCUGGAACCACUCAACGGUCUUCCCUCGCUACGCCGCCUGACGCUGGUCAACUUUGACCUGCCUGGCGGUGGGAAGUGUAAGAAGCAACAGCUGAAAUUGCCACAGGUCACCUCGCUGACGCUGGUGCCCGGCUCGGGAAAGGUCUUUCUGGAAAACUUUCUUGUUGACUCGCUGCUGCCGGUUGCUGCUGCUGCUAAUGUUGCUGUUCAACGGCAGAAGCAUCAGCAUCAACAGAGAAAACAAUUUGAGGAAGAAGAUAAAGAGGAAGAGGAGGAAGAAUAUGAUGAGGAACGCGAGAGUAGUGACGGUGAUUCAGCUGCCGAUGAGGAAGGUGACGAAGGUGCUGAAAAUGAUGAUGAAACUUAUUAUGAAGAGGAUGAAGAAUUUGAUGAGGAGUUUGAAGAGGAGGAAGAGUUUGAAGAAGACGAAGAAGAGUUUGAAGAAGACGAGGAAGAGUUUGAAGAGGAUGAGGAAUUUGAUGAAGAGUUUGAGUCUGACGAAGAGGACGAUGAGAACCGCCACAACUCCCGGAACGCUCAGGCCAAAAAG